GAGCGGUUGAGCGUUGUUGUAGCGGGCGUGCGCGCGCAGGAAGGAGAGGUCGGGCAUUGGUGCAGCGCGCGUGCAUGCACAGGAAGGAGCGGUCGGACAUUGCUGCUAGAGCUCCUCUAGUAUCUUUGACUGGUGCAGUGCGCGUGCACGCGCCGGGAGGAGCGGUUAUCCUUGGUUGGGCGUGCACGCGCCGGCGGGGGGAUGAGGGGUUCGAGUUGCAGGUGGUAAAGCGAGGACGAUGCGGAAGCAGCAUGGUGCUUCCGCCGGCAGGAUACAGCAGAGCCGGCCAGAGUUCGAAAGCACCUUCCAGGAGCUGUAAGAAUCUCUUUUCAGUUUGAGCGCAACGGUCGUUUCUUUGACACAAUGUACGAGGAGACGGGCGGGGUUAGGGCUAUAAAUCCUUACUUGGCAGCCAAGAAUAUGUGGCUGAAAAUGUUGCCCUGAAGGAGAAAUAUUGCGCUGGCCUCAUCGCACGCGAAGAUUUAAGCAAUUAUAGAGCUUCGCAGAAUUUCACCCAAAGCAGCAAAAAAACCUCCUCAAGAAAUCUAUAAAGUGGAGCAUUCUAUUCAGAAGAAACAUAUAACCCUGAAGGACAGCAGCAGUAAUGUGCGAGUUGCGGGAACCUGCAGUGCCACAACUGAAACUGCAAAACUUUCUGCCAAAACUCCCAACAUAAAAUGUGACAUCUUUCCAUAUAAAGCAGAGACAAACACCGAGACUGGGUUCUCUCCUAAAAGGCAGCAAACUCUGCAGAUACAGGGCUCAAGCCCCACAAUUGGUGUUGAAGCAUUGUAUGAUGAUGAUUCCAUGUCAAUUCAAUCUGGGGAGGAUUACAGAGAAACAGUUACCUGUGAAACAUGCUCAGAGACGUUUUGGAAAGUGGUAAAUAAAAAAAAUAUUAGAAAAAGGCAACGUGAAUUGGACAAGAAACAGCCUCAUGAUCCUACUUCUUUAUCCUGUGACCAGUGGGUCUUAAAAAAACCUUUGUUGCCAAGAGGUAAUCUGCAUAAAUACAGAAGAGAGAUUGAAACACCAGUAACAUAUCUGAAAUCAUUGGGAUGGCCUGCCCAGACGAGAGAUGCAAAGAAAUGGAUUCCCCAGUGUUCCAGGCCGCAUAUGUUUCUACACAGGAAUUUACGCUCUUGUAAGAGAAAAGUUGAUGAAUUUCUUCACGACAAUGGAAAGAGAGCACCUCGUAUAAAGGCGAGAAAGCGAUCCAGGAAGAAAAAUCUUUUUGUCUACAAGCUUCCUGAAGCUCAUCCCGCCGCCAAUGUACUCUCAGGCAAUGAAGACUCCGAAUUUGAAAUGAAGAACUGCUCUGUAAAAAGGAAGUUAGCUUCUGCAGUCCUGAACCGAGAGGUUAGGUCCAAGAAAGAUGGCUGUGAUUUUUCAGAUGAUUCGAACACCUGUGAAAGUGGGUUUUGCAGCUCUGACAGCAGGUCCAUGCAAUGUGACAACAGCAUCUGUCCCAGGAAAGAUAAGUUUGCACUUGAUGUAUUUGGAUCUGAAACAACGUCUGCAUUUUCAACUUCAGCUGUAUUAUGCACUGAAAACCGAUUAUAUUCUCAAUUUGAGGAACCAAAAUUAUGGCAGGAAACACCAGACAAAAAUUCCACAGAUCCUCUUUCCAGUUCUUUCAGUUGGUUAAAACCUGGGGGAUUUACAUAUAUGAUUGCUAAGUUAAAGGCUGGACAUCAAACCUUACCUGGCACUGUUGUUAAAGAGACAUGACCUGCCUGUUGAAACUUUCCUUAAAUAAUUCACUACAAAGUUGUUGUCUAUCUCCAUUUAUUGCUAAUAAAUGUUUUUUGUAGUAUUUUAAUUUUUUGCCAAAUUUAAUUCAUUACCAUAAGCAGCAGUGAUUAAUGUAUACAGUUUAUUUAAAAUAAAUGCUAAACAAUAGAAAUUCCAAAUGCAGUUUCUUACUUGGAUAAGCACCAUCCAACAUUUCCCAGCUCAGCAGCUUAUGUUCACUUUAGCAUAGUUAUCACGAGAAAAUUUACAAAUAUUGAAACCUCAUCUUCGUGAUUUUUUUCCCCUCAAUUCAAAUAAAACGAGUACAGCGGGGAACAUCCUCAAAUAGAUCCUUUUUUUUUUUUUUUUUUUUUUGCUUGGGUAAAACUUGUACAGCUGUGGUAGUGAGAUUAGGUGCUUUACAGAUGUUUAAGAAUUAUUGAUUUUGUUUACAUUUUAUUCUAAUAUUUUGUCAGCUGUUGUUUUGCCACGGGCAGAAUGGUUUUAGACAACUUUUGGUAAAUGGAUAAAUCAAAUAACAUGUUGAUACUAUAACCGGAAUUUGUUGAGGAAAUGGUUUUGGUUAAGCUGCAGGUCCUGAUUUAACGCUGGGUUAAUACCAUUGUAGUUGUGCUAUUAUAGCUGUCAGAUUUACUUCAAAUUUAAAUUUGAAUUUGUCAAUGUAUGUCAUCAUUUGCAAAUGGAUUCUAUAUGCAUUGAUGUGAUGAUGAGGACUCUUCUGCCAUUACCACCACUUGAGUAGAAGUAACAUUAAAAUUUUCCCUCUAAUCUGCCAUAAAGUUACUGUCUCCUUUCCAUCCAACUGAGAAUGUGGGUCAGUUGCAAAUGAGUUAACAAUUCUAUGGUUAAGUAGAAAGAGUGAAAGGAAGAGCUUAAUACAUUAAGGAAUGCAAGUUCACUUGGAACAUUAUUGGUUGGGUGGUUGAGGCAAAAUGAAAAGUUAGGUGGUUAAGUGCUGAAAUCUUCAAGAUUGAUAACUACAGUAUGAUUUGCAGUAAAAGGAUGCAGCUGUGGUGAAGGCCCAGGAAAUGAUCAAAAUCAAAGUGGACAUAGAAACAUAGAAAAUAGGUGCAGGAGUAGGCCAUUCGGCCCAUUCAAUAUGAUCAUGGCUGAUCAUCCAACUCAGUAUCCUGUACCUGCCUUCUCUCCAUACCCCCUGAUCCCUUUAGCCACAAGGGCCACAUCUAGCCAAUGAACUGGCCUCAACUACCUUCUAUGGCAGAGAAUUCCAGAGAUCCAGAGAGUGUGAAAAAUGUUUUCCACAUCUCAGUCCUAAAAGAUUUCGCCCUUAUCCUUAAACUGUGACCCCUUGUUCUGGACUUCCCCGACAUCGGGAACAAUCUUCCUGCAUCUAGCCUGUCCAACCCCUUAAGAAUUUUGUAAGUUUCGAUAGGAUCCCCCCUCAAUCUUCUAAAUUCUAGCGAGUACAAGCCAAGUCUAUCCAGUCUUUCUUCAUAUUAAAGUCCUGACAUCCCAGGAAUCAGUCUGGUGAACCUUCUCUGUACUCCCUCUAUGUCAAGAAUGUCUUUCCUCAGAUUAGGAGACCAAAACUGUACGCAAUACUCCAGGUGUGGUCUCACCAAGACCCUGUACAACUGCAGUAGAACCUCCCUGCUCCUAUACUCAAAUCCUGCCUGCUGCACCUGCAUGCCUACUUUCAAUGACUGGUGUACCAUGACCCCCAGGUCUCGUUGCAUCUCCCCUUUUCCUAAUCGGCCACCAUUCAGAUAAUAGUCUACUUUCCCGUUUUUGCCACCAAAGUGGAUAACCUCACAUUUAUCCACAUUAUACUGCAUCUGCCAUUCAUUUGCCCACUCACCCAGCCUAUCCAAGUCGCCUUGCAGCCUCCUAGCAUCCUCCUCACAGCUAACACUGCCCCCCAGCUUCGUGUCAUCCGCAAACGUGGAGAUGUUGCAUUCAAUUCCCUCGUCCAAAUCAUUAAUAUAUAUUGUAAAUAGCUGGGGUCCCAGCACUGAGCCUUGCGGUACCCCACUAGUCACUGCCUGCCAUUGUGAAAAGGACCCAUUUACUCCUACUCUUUGCUUCCUGUCUGCCAGCCAGUUCUCUAUCCACAUCAAUACUGAACCCCCAGUUGUAUACUAAUCGCUUAUGUGGGGCCUUGUCGAAAGCCUUCUGAAAAUCCAGAUAUAACACAUCCACUGGUUCUCCCUUAUCCACUCUACUAGUUACAUCCUCGAAAAAUUCUAUAAGAUUCGUCAGACAUGAUUUACCUUUCAUAAAUCCAUGCUGACUUUGUCCAAUGAUUUCACCACUUUCUAAAUGUGCUGCUAUCCCAUCUUUAAUAACUGACUAUAGCAGUUUCCCCACUACCGAUGUUAGACUAACUGGUCUGUAAUUCCCUGUUUUCUCUCUCCCUCCCUUUUUAAAAAGUGGGGUUACAUUAGCUACCCUCCAAUCCUCAGGAACUACUCCAGAAUAUAAAGAGUUUUGAAAAAUUAUCACUAAUGCAUCCACUAUUUCUGGGGCUACUUCCUUCAGUACUCUGGGAUGCAGCCUAUUUGGCCCUGGGGAUUUAUCGGCCUUUAAUCCAUUCAAUUUACCCAACACGACUUCCCGACUAACCUGGAGUUCCUCCAUCUCAUUUGAUCCUAGGUCCCCUGUUAUUUCCGGCAGAUUAUUUAUGUCUUCCUUAGUGAAGACAGAUCCAAAGUAGUUAUUCAAUUGGUCUGCCAUGUCCUUGUUCCCCAUGAUCAAUUCACCUGUUUCUGACUGCAAGGGACCUACAUUUGUUUUAACUAAUCUUUUUCUCUUCACAUAUCUAUAAAAGCUUUUGCAGUCAGUUUUUCUGUUCCCUGCCAGUUUUCUUUCAUAAUCUAUUUUCCCUUUCCUAAUUAAGCCCUUUGUCCUCCUCUGCUGGACUCUGAAUUUCUCCCAGUUCUCUGGUAGGCUGCAUUUUCUGGCUAGAAAUGCAAUCGAUGUGUAUUAAUUGAAAUAGAUUAGUGUCCGAGUUCUGUAUAAAGUAGAAUGCAUAUGAUAAUGCUGUUUUGCUUUAGGAAAAGAUGGCAGCUUUGGCCCAAUUGAGCACACACAUACUCCAAUCCUACCGGUGGCCAUUUUUCUCCCUACAUUAACAUAUUCUUCCACUCGCAUGAUAAGGCUAAAUGCUGUUAAAAAUAUAAAAAAUAUUAUGGAUUCCUGGGCUAGGUUACAACUUGUAUUUCGUCUCAAAGCAGGCUUUUCUGCAGUAGAUUGAUACAGAAAGGCAAGCCCAGACUUACCCCAGGUUGCUGUGUAUUAAGACAAUGACCGAUGACUUUGAAAUGUGUUUACCAAUUGAUGAGAGAGAAGCCCAAACUAGUCCCAGUGAGGGGUAUUAAGACAAUGUCCGAUGCCUUUGACGUGUGCAGUGAAUGAUGACCUUGAUAUGCGACUGCCUUGUACCAACUGACAGGAUGCCUUUGAUGCGACUGAUGAUUGACAAGAGACAAACUCAGAUGCAUCCUGUGGUAAUGUGUAUUGACUGUACCUUGGACCAUGACUAACAUCUUUGGAAUGUGCUUGGGUGCCAAAAAAACAGUAUAAAACACCAUGUAAUUCUUUGUUCAUUGAAGUGGAGGAGAGUCAAGUGUCUAUGUUGCUUACUUGGCUGGUGUAUCCUCGCUACUUCCAUCGGCCGAUAAUUAGUAAACUUUGAAUUGGUCUAC